CCUGCCUUCUUCCUUCCCGUGCUCUUCAAGAACCCAUACUCUCUUCCAUUCCCAUCUCCUUCUCUCUCUUUUCACGGUGAGUAUGGAGAACUAUCCCAUCCUGUUCCCUUCUUCUACUUCUUUCCACUCUCCACGUCUCUCCCUCUCGCCAUCCGACACGAUCAGCAACGGCCAGGUCUUCUUGGGACUGCAGGAUGGGAACAAUGUUCCAGCCUCCCAUGCAUCGAGGGAGAACGAAGGGAACCCUAGCAAGAAGAAGGAGAAGAAGGUGAGGAAGCCAAGGUAUGCCUUCCGGACUCGAAGCCAACUCGACAUACUCGACGAUGGCUUUCGUUGGAGGAAGUAUGGACAGAAGGCAGUGAAGAACAACAGGUUUCCAAGAAGCUACUACCGAUGUACGCACCAAGGUUGCGACGUGAAGAAGCAGGUGCAGCGGCUGUCCAUGGACGAAAGCAUUGUGGUCACAACCUACGAGGGAGUGCACAGCCAUCCGGUAGAGAAACCAAAUGACAACUUCGAAGACAUACUGAAUCAGAUGCAGAUCUAUUCCAGCUUUCAGUAAUUUGAGUACUGAAACCUCUGUAGCAGAAGCAGAUCUAUAAUAAGAUGCAUGAUGGUUCAGCAGUACACACGGCUGUCUUGAUCCUGUGAGCAAUCUGUGGCCAAGACAGAUACAAAGUUUCAUGUAUUACUGUCAAAGAUUAAUUAUAAAUAUAUAUUAUACUGAUUUACUUUCUAGCA